UAUCUCGGUUGGUUGUUGUAGCGCUGUAGCCCGGGAGCUAGCUGGCUAGCUAAUAUGGAUGCAGCCGAGGUGACAGCUCCGAGUCAUUCAGCAUGCCGCGAGAGAGAGAGCCGUGACGGCGGAGGAUUAAUUCACACUCUCUGAUUCACGCCGUCGUAAAAAUCCGACAGAACAAAUCCACAGAAGCUGCUGAUUUUCACUCCGAGCGACGUUUAUAUCGUCAUAAAAUGUAGAAGUGACGCCACUGCCAAUGAGGGAACAUGUUGGCUAUGGACCAAGGAGUGGUGGAGGAAUGGCUGUCAGAAUUUAAGACCCUGCCCGACAGCGCUGUCGUCACAUAUGCUGCCUCUCUCGGAGACAAAGGUUCCCUGAUACCUGCUCUCUACAAGGUCAUCCGGGAAAACUACAGCGAUCUGCUGGAGCCUGUGUGUCACCAGUUGUUUGAGUUUUACCGGAGCGGCGUGCCGCAGCUGCAGCGUUUCACGCUACAGUUCCUGCCAGAGCUCCUGUGGAGCCUCUUGUCCGUCAGCGCUGCCCGAGACCCCCACACUUCUGGCUGCAUUGAAGCACUUCUGCUGGGCAUUUACAACCUGGAAAUAGUUGAUAAAGAUGGGCAAAGCAAAGUCUUGUCUUUCACCGUCCCAUCCCUGUCCAAACCCUCGGUCUACCACGAGCCCUCGGCCAUCGGCUCCAUAGCUCUUACAGAAGGAGCUUUAGCCAAUCACGGGCUGAGCAGGGUGGUCUACAGUGGGCCACACCUCCAAAGAGAAACCUUUACUGCACAAAACAGAUUUGAGGUGCUGACCUUCCUGCUGCUGUGCUACAACGCUGCUCUCAGCUACAUGACCUCCAUCUCCCUGCAGUCCCUGUGCCAGCUUAGCUCCAGGGUGUGUAUAUGUGGGUAUCCACGGCAACAGAUGCGGCGCUACAAAGGCAUUAGCUCACGGAUGACGGUUACCUCGGAGUUCUUGGUUCAGCUCAUCUCAGGGAUCCACUACGCCCUAUGUAACGGUGAGGUGGAGCUGGGGUCCAAAGCUCUGGAUGAUGUUCUGUACCGAGCCCAGCUGGAGCUGUUUCCUGAAGCUUUGCUGGUUGGUAAUGCCAUCAAGUCCUCCCUGCGUGGUGCAGCGCUGAAAAGCAAUAACAAAGAAGGUGGACGAAGCAUCCAGGUGGAGAUCACACCCACCUCCUCCAGGAUCUCCCGCAAUGCCGUCACCUCCCUCUCUAUCCGGGGCCACCGCUGGAAGAGACACGAUGCAGUGGAUCUGGGUUCCCCGGAUGAGCUGAUGGAUAUUUCAGAGGUAGAUGAAGGGGUUUGGCCGAGUGGGAUGGGGCCUGACAUGAUCCCCCCCACCAUCAUGAUCAGCAACAGCACAACAACCUUGAACCUAGGAGCCAAGGCCAUGAAGAAGUGUCGGCUUGGUGGGCGCAACAGCAAGGACAAGGAAGCGGGGCCUCUCACCGCAGGCCGGGCUGCAAGCGAGACCACAGAGCUGUCCGUAAAGCGCCUGACACUCACCUCCAGCCAGUCUGUGCCCAAAGGGGGCGCUCUCACCAGCCUGACGCGCACCGCCAGUGCAGUCUUCUCUCGUUCCUUUGAGCACGUGGCCAGCAGCAACCCCUCUCCUGUCAGCAACCACACGGCGUCGGAGGCAGGCCGCUAUUCCUGCAGCCUUCAGGAGGAAGGAAUGGGGUACUUGAGUCCCACGCCAAACCACACCCAGCGGUCCCCCAGCAUCAGCCUUCAUCUUGGCUCUGACCUUUGAGCUCCGUUACUGUAAAGACCCUCAUCUCUGAUCUUGUGACCCUGUGACCCCGUACCUGUGACCUGGAACUCCAAGCCAUGCCAACAAACUGACCAGAAACAUGUGAUGAAGACUCCCGCCGUUCCCCGAUACUCCAUUUUGGAUAUCUGUAAUCCAGCUUGCUGCCCUGCUCCGUUCACACAGAGGGACAGUAAUGCUUCCAGCUUCACUGAUCUUAGAAGUCGUGGCAGGAUGGAACCUGUCCAAAAUCGAUGCACUUAAUAUGAUCACUAAGAACUGUUAGAGUAACUUAGCAGCUGUGUGUGUGUGUGUGUGUGUGUGUGUGUGUGUGUGUGUGUGUGUGUGUGUGUGUGAGAGAGAUACGAAUGUUUUUCAGAAAAAGGCUGCUGAUUGCUACAUCGAACAAGAUGUGAUUCUCUUAGUUGAACCUUAUUUCUCACACAUUUAGAUCACAGCAAUAUAAAUAUCUUUGGUAUUUUCUGUGUUUUGGGUUGAUCCAUCAGACCUUCGUUUACGUUUUCAGCACUUCUAAACGAGCUUCUUAAAAGAAAGCUCAGAUCUUUCUGUAAAAUACGUAAAAUCAACCCUUAUGUGAAGAAUCGGGUCUUACGUUUACUCAGUAUUCUCUUCAUAUCGGAGAAGCAAUACUUCCUCUUCGCUCCUCGAGCACCUUCCUUAAUCGCUGUGUAAUAAACUAAUGGCAGACAUUACACUCCAGCCCGUUUUACAUGACAGACGCUUUACAUUUUGGGAUUGAUGGGGUGUGUGUAUGAUUACGUAAAUGUUGAAUUUUGCACAUGAAAUAGAGAAUCAAUUGUUUGGUAUUUUUGUACAAAUGAACAGUUUGACUCUCACAUUGUAUUUUUCCUGAAAGAAUCUCUUUACUCUUUUGCUCCAUGAAUUUAUUCUUAACUAAAAAUGACUAAAUGAAAUGAUCAGUGUAAAUAUUUAGAUUAAGCUCAACGGGUCAGUAAUCAAUCCUUCGGAGGCUUGUCUGAGGCAACAAGGCAUCUUUUAUGUGUUUUAAUUCACCAAGCGAUUCAGAUGUUUGUCGUACCCAGGUGAUGUCUCCUGCCCUCCUUGCUCAUUAUGUCAUCACCAUGCUACAAGAGGUGAAAUUAAGAAAGCAUUCAACCCAUUUGCUGCACUCGAUGUCCUAAAUGAAGCAGCCAUGCUGCUCCACAUGAAGCACUCUGUGUAUUGUAACUGUUGAGUGUUUAAAUCUUGGUGCAACAAUACCAAUUCUGUCUUUGUUGUUUUACAGUGAACGGCCAUUGUUGUACAUCAUACUGUUGAACUAAAAGUGGUGAUAUUGGCAUUUAUGUGUCUGUUAAACAACACACUGCUACAAUUUCUGGGAAUAAAGUGUUUCUAUAUUUCA